AGAUUUGAUUACAAACAGUUGAAAAGUUAUUAUCAUGCAUUUAGAAUGGUAAGUUUAAGCAGCUUUAAUUUUGAAAGAUCUAUAAGAUUUAAAGGCAAAAAUCUAAAAUCAUUAUUCAAAUCUAAGGAGGUUGUACAAAUAUGAGUUCCAUAUUAUCCAAUAUCAACUCAAUUAUAUUAUUUAUUACAUUUAAACAAAUAUAAACUUAAAACAAAACUCAUGUAUUGUUCGGUUUUAUUUUGUGAAGUUCAAACAUUAAUUCAAGUAAAUAUACUUGAGAAUGCUAUUUUGAUUUCCAUAAGCUCUUAAUUAUGAAUACGAAUAAUCUUUGGCAAAAAAGAUGAUUAAAUGCCCUAGUUUACUCCAAAAAUAAAGGAAAAUAUGAGUGAUGAUUUAUGUAUAAAAGUAAAGUAGUUAGAAAAAUGAAGUUAUAUGAGUUAAAUUGAUAUACCUAAUAUAAUGAAAAAAUGGCAUAAUAAACCAAUAUGUGACU